AUGGAUGGCAUGCUCAUAAUAGCAGAGAAAGAGAUGAACAACUUCAUCAACCUUUGGCUCUACACCAUCUUUUCUCUAUAUUACUGUUACUCCAUAGGUAAAACCAAGAUCAUCCCUAAAGGAACUGCAAGGCUUCUUUGUUUUCUACCAGUUAUUUGCCUAUUUCUUUACAUUCCGCUCGAAAUCUUCUCCGUACAUCUCGGAUUCGUCACUUCUUUCUUCAUCACUUGGCUUGCUAGCUUCAAGCUCUUGCUCUUCGCCUUCGGAAAAGGCCCUUUGUCAUCCCCGUCUCUCUCUUUACCUAUCUUUCUUGUUAUUGCUUGUUUGCCAAUCAAAAUCCGACAAAACCCGCCUUUAAAUGCACAAAAUGGCCAUCAAACGAUCACAAACUAUGCUGUCAAGAUUCUGCUUUUUGCCUUGUUGCUUCGUAUAUAUGACUACAGUGACCAUAUCCACCUCACAAUCAUAUUGGCUCUAUAUUCUUUUCACAUGUAUGUUCUCCUGGAGACAGUCCUAGCACUGGCCGCAACCAUGGCUCGAGCCCUGUUGGGUCUCGAGCUAGAGAAACAGUUCAAUGAACCGUACCUUUCCACCUCAAUGCAAGAUUUCUGGGGCAGGAGAUGGAACAUGAUGACAACGAGCAUUCUACAAGCAACAGUGUAUGAACCUAUCCGUAACACGGCUGCACGUUUCAUUGAUCGUAGAUGGGCUCCACUUCCCGCGGUUUUUGGGACUUUUUUCGUGUCGGGCAUCUUGCAUGAGCUGAUUUUUUACUACCUGGCACGUGAACAGCCGACGUGGGAAAUCACGUGGUUCUUUCCCGUCCAUGGUGCAUGGUUGACGGUAGAGGUUGUGCUGAAGAAGGUAUUUGGGAAGUGGUUAUUGCCAAGGGUGGUUUCUACACCGUUGACGAUCGGAUUCCUCGUAAUAACCGCCUCCUGGCUCUUCUUCCCACCGCUUCUACAGUGCAAGAUCAAUGAGAGGGCGCUUGAAGAGUAUGCGGUUCUAGGUACGUUUCUUAAGAAUGUUACUGCAUUAACCUUCAGCACUUUCAAGUUUCAAAGAUUGUAGUGCGUUUCCUAUGAAAUAGAAUAAACCAAAGCAGUCCCAAAAGAGCUUGUAAUGGAAACAACAAAAACAUCGUUCCAUUCUGUUUAAAUCUGAUUAUUUCUGAACUAUAU